AAACACUAGUAUUGGGUAAUGUUACAGCGUGAUGCAUGCUAGUAAUCCUCAUUUCCUAGUUUAAAGAAAAUGAAAAGAUAAGUUUGUUAAUUAUCCAACUUGUACUCCGCAGUAUUUAAUACUCUUUGGAUAAAGAUAAGGCUCUCUUUUUAUUCCAUUUUUUCGCCUCUCUCAUACUCGUACUAGUAUUAGUUUUUGCAUUUCACAACUUUCUCUCUCUUUAACAACUGAAGAUAUGUCGAUUGUGUUGGGAAGAAAUAAUUCAAGUGAUCAUCGGAUCGAAACUUCUGGAUUCCCCCACGGAAUGACGUCUAUUCCGAUCUAUAACUCGCCGGAGUUCGGUGUCGGAGAUCCUAGGGACCAGGAGGACGAUCGGAGCUCUUCUUUCUCAUCUUCUUCCUCUUCUUCAUCGAUCGGAAGAAAUAGUGAUGAGUCGCCGGCCGGUAGAUCAUCAUCGGACGGGGAUGGCGAAGAAAUACAGAGUCCAUUCAAACCUGGAGGUUUGGAUAAUUUGGAUACCUUAGAGGAGGUUUUGCCUAUCAAGAGGAGCAUUUCAAUGUUUUAUGCUGGUAAAUCGAAAUCUUUCACCAGUCUAGCAGAUGCAGCUUCAAUUUCCUCCGUUAAAGAAAUUGUCAAGCAAGAGGAUGCAUACACCAGGAAACGCAAGAACCUGCUUGCUCACAACAAUUUCUUUGGCAAAAAUCGAAGUUUCUUCCCAGGUAUCGGUAAUGGUGGGAUGUACAAGAGACCGAUCAACUCUAGAAGUUCAUCAGCUCUAGCUGCAACUAUGAGCUGCUCUGACAGUAACUAUAGUUCCGAGUCUUUGAACUCAAGCCCGUCAUCACCUUGUCUCUCUCGUCCUCCUCUUCCUCCACAGACACGAAGGUAUAGCAGAGCAUCCUCAUUAUCUCCUCCUGAACAAAAAUUCAAUGCAUGGAGGUCUUUCUCCUUAUCUGAUCUGCAAGGUGCUGCUAUUGCUGCAACUCCCAGCUUAACGGGAAUAAAGGAGUAAAGGUGGUGCAUGACAAUAGCUUUAUUCUGUGUCACCCUAUGAACCCAAAUUCAGAUUUGUUUUCAUGGAGGUUGGCUUACGUAUUUAACCGGUCCUAGGUUUGGUUCGAGUCUCUAGCUGUCUACCCACUGUAAUUAUUGGUCCGCCCAUCGUCUGGUCAUCGUGUUAUCCGAACAUUGUUGUUUUUUCUUAUAUACAUUUAAAACCUUUGCGUU